CGCGUCGUAGUUAUGGACCCUGUCAACUGCGGUAUAGAGAUAUGCGUAUCUAGCCACCAGUAGCCACGUACUGUACUUACUUGAUUGUCAAGUAAUAGAGAAGUUUAAAUAAAUUUUAUAUAAAUUAUCAAGAGAACAGUAUUCAUAUUGGAUCAAAGUGCAAUAUAAUUGUAUUACUUUACAUGGCCACUCACGUGGAUAAUUGUAUUUUUUGUAAAAUUAUAAAUAAUAAUGCACCGAGCGAAAAAGUAUACGAGGAUGACGACAUGGUGUGCAUUAAAGAUAUUUAUCCAGCUUCGACGCAUCAUUAUUUAAUACUUCCAAGGAGGCAUAUAGCCAAUGCAAAGGAACUUAAACCAACUGAUGCAGAACUUUAUGACAAAAUGAUCUCUACCAUGCACAGGAUGUUCGAAAUGCAGGGUUUGAAUCCAGCUGAAACUCGUACAGGGUUUCAUUGGCCACCAUUUAAUACAGUGCAUCAUUUGCAUUUACACAUUAUUUCUCCAAUAAGUAAUAUGAGUAUUCUUAAAAGGGUUAUGUUUAAACCUGAUUCAUAUUGGUUUGUAAGUGUAGAUUAUGUAAAAUCAUACCUUCAAUCCAAUAAGUAAUAUAGAGCAAAUUUUAUAGUUUAUUAAUAGAGGUUUAGAAGAUUUAUAAAAGGGCAAGAUUAAGGGUAAUUACAGUUAAUCAAGGACUAGGAAACAAUUGUAACAUUUUUAAGAGAUCUUACCAUAGCAUCGCUACCAUCUGCCAACAGGGACGUUGGGAAUCUUACGUCGUUUACUUCAAUUUCUGUGAUUAUUACUUCCAUUGUACAGCGAUUUUAAACAAUGUUCGACUAUUAUUUUUCUCAAUAAUGAUUCGAGUACUAUUAUGUAA